AUGAGUUCUCCAUCUAUCUGUGGUCCUACUAGAAAAUCUCGCCGCACUCCAUCACCGCGUAACCCAAAAAAGAAGCUUCAGGACGUGCAGGAGUUGGCGCAGGAGAUUUCUAUUGUUAUGACGGAUGAAGAAGAGAAUGAAGAGGAGAAUAUCAAGAUAACGAUGAAUAGUACACUUGUCUCUGAAAAGAGAGUUUAUAAUGAUAAAGAGAAGACUGAAGACCAGGAGAAUUGUGCGAAUCAAGAGCAGGAGAAUAAAGAUGCAGAAUCUGAAAAGGUUGCUGCUCUUGAAGAAAAGGAUAAAUCUGUAGAUGAGAGCAAAAUAGUAGCGGUAGAAACGAAAGAAUUGUCUGUUCAAGAUGACACGAUUUUACUACUGGAUGAUGGUGAUAAUAAUGAGAAAGAUCAAGAUGAGGAAGAAGAUGACGAAGACAUCAACUAUUACGCUUCUCUUGCUGCAUCUGGAUUAAACCUCUCGAUCAAGUCUUCGGGAACAUCCAUUCCUGCUCUUACUACUAAGCAGUCGACGAUAAAAGUGCUAAAGCAGCAGCUAGUGCCUAACCAGUUGGAUAGUGGUGCUUCGCAAUAUCAAACAUUUUUCGAUUUUGAGGGUUUGAAACGCUCGCAAGUCGCUACAUUGCGUGCUGAUGCGCGCGCUGUAGAAGAAUCCAAGAUACUGGCUGCAGGUCAAAAAGCUGUUGCACACUCGCAGAGGCAACGUAUUGAGUCCCAGCACAAAAAGUCAGCAGGACGCAGAUGGUUUAAUUUUGAGUCUGAGGAGAUGACAGACGACGCGCGUCGUGACUUUGCAUUACUUCGCAUGCGAAAUUACUUGGACCCAAAGAAAUUUUACAAGAGCUCCGAUCAUUCGCGUGGUCUACCAAAACAUUUUCAAAUGGGCACUGUAAUUGAAGGAGCUCACGAAUAUCAUUCGGCACGUUUAACAAAGAAACAGCGACGUAAAACAUUUACGGAUGAAAUUAUGGCAGAUGAGGCUGUGGUGCAAUACACCAAUCGUGUUGCUGGUAAUAUCCAAAAUGCACGUAGUAAGCAUGGACGUAAAAAGAGACGAAUGAACUAA